UGGGUGGAGGAGGGGCAGUCGAGGCUAGAGACCACACCUACACCGAGGUGGGCAUACGGAGCAACGCCACCCCCACCCAGUGCCUGGAUGACGGCUUGUACGAGAGCGUGGGGGUCCGGGAAGGUGACGCGGCCCCCAAGGUGCCGUCACCCCCCCCCGCCCACGACAAACAGCACGCCGGCGUCGGUCCGAGCCUCCCAGAGCCCCCCCACCCAGGCCAACGGAGCGCGCUGUGGGGCGGUGAACGGCGGCAGAGGGAACGGCACCGGCACCGGGCCGAUGGCGGGAGGAGGCAACGGGGUCAACAGGUCCCCCGUGUCCUCUGUCAACUCGCUCGCCACCCAAGAUCCCACCGCCGCCGAGUACGCUUCCAUACGCAAGUUCAGAAAGGUGGACAAGGCGAACCGGAAGGAGAACGCCGGGGCCGACGGUCAGUCCGACGGCCAGUCGAGUGUGAGCGACUCGCCCUCCGCGGCGGCCCCCCCUCCCCCGCCCCCGCCGCCGCCGCCGCUGCAGCGCGGCCAGGACGUUCCUCGCAAAGGGCCGGAGACGUUUCACCUGCACUCCUUUCCCAAGGAGGCCGUGUUCAUGGGCAACGGGGAGCAGUACAUCUGGAAGCCUCCGGAGGAAGAUGACAUCAUCACCUUGCACCCGCCCCCACUGCGCGCAGACAGCCUGCAGGGGCACCCGUCCCCCCCCACCGCAAAAGAGAUCGCAGACACCUACUCCAUCGUGUGCAAAGCCCAGAAGAAGAAACCCCCCGUGGAAAGCAACGGCUCCAAGACCCUCCCGCGCUCCUUCGGCGGAGGCUCCCGGGGCCGGGGCCGGGGCGUCCAGCAGGGCCAGGCGCGUUCCCAGGAGGAGCCCGGCUACGAGCCGGUGGUCGACCGGUCCUGGCCCGCCGAGUCCGACCCGGCGUACGCCACCAUCGACGCCCACCGGAAGCGGGAGCCGGCGGGAGCCAGCAACGGCACGGCGGGGGGUUCCGCCACCCUCAAGAGGAAGAAGCAGCCCGCUCUGCAGCAGCCACCGGCGCCGCCCGCCAGAGGGCCCCCCGGCGGGGAAAACUUCUACGAGAGCAUCGGCGAUGUGAAGCAAGGGGCCAGCAGCUCCAGCACCACCACCAUCUUCACCUUCAAUGACGGGAUGGAGAUGUACGUCACCGGCCUGUAGCCGGCGGACAGAACCCCCCUCCCCCCCCCCUUCUGUACAUAGACACGAGGCCCAUCAGGAGGAUCCAGUCUGUGAUGACAUCAGGUACAAACAGGGUCUAAAUCCAGGGUCAGACACCCUCCUCGAUUGCUUCAGAACCAGCCUCAUCCAGCCGCAGUGUGGACCAAGGAGUCCAAAUAGACCAUGAUCACCUGUUUGUGCAGCGCUUUCCAUAAUAUUUCUAUUUUUAUAUGAACACUGUACUCUCCAAAGAGUAUGUGGUGUAGAAGAACACACUUUAAUAUAUUUAUGUAUAUAUAUAUGUGUGUAUUUAUAUACAUAUAUAUAUAAAUAUAAAUAAAUAAAAUAUGUGCAUGCAUUGUGCAAUCACACAUCUGAAAAUAGUAGUAGCAAGGAAUAUUCUAUAUAUAUUUGGAGUAUGAGGCGCAUUGUUGUUGUUGUCCCCCACACACACACACACACGCACACACACACCUCAUAGUGGAGCAGACUUUGAGCAGAUUUGGGGUACUUAGCUCUCCCCGAGCAAACCUCUGAAAGAGGUUAUCUGUCGGUGCGAGUGCGAGGCUGAAGUCCCUCGUAACGUGGCCUCCACCUAUUAGCGGUGAUCAAUAACGUGAUAGCCGCCGAAACAAUUGCUCAAUAAUGUGACCUCCUAUCAACAUCCCACGCUCGGGUUCAACAAACAUCCGGAACAUCCAGAAGGUCCGGCGACACACCUCCACUGACACCCGUCUCCCUGUGACGCCGUGGCUUCCAUUUACAAUCAAAGAACCCUUUUUUGGGAAGUUCACCAAAGAUGUUGAAAGCUUUGCCCUCCACAAAACACACCUUUCACAGGUGGCUUUGAGUGUAGGUAGAACCCGCUGAAAGGAUCCCAAGUGGAACUUUUGUUCAAGGUUCUACCUUAAACCCAAUUGGGUUCUCCUGUGCAUGGUUCUGCUGUGCGCCGCUGCUCCUCAGGGUGUCCUCGGAGGGUCCCUGCCGGGUCGAGCGAUCGCGUCGGGGGCCUCCAAUCGGUUGUGCAAGUUUGGGGGACACGUUUCACAAAAAUAAAACUUUUCCUGGGAAAAGUGGAAGAAGAAGAAUAUUUUUAGAGAAAUAAUAAGGAAGUGAAAGAGGGUCCAAAAUGAGGAGGCUUCAUCGGGUGCUUCUAGAAAUUAAUCAGAUCUUAUGAGCCUUUCUGAUCUUCUUGCACUGGACGCUGUGGAGAGGUCUCGCCUUCAUCAACGUUGGUCUCAAGUCAAAGCCGAGGGCUCGGACUCCAAAACAGAGCGCUGGAAACAAAAAAAACACCAGCGGGCACAUUUCAGACCCCCGACCCCUGACCUCUGCCCCCCCCCCCCCCCCACCCCCACCCUCGACCCUGUUUGCACUGAGAUGUCUUUUCCAUGUAGCUUUGGCGAACAUUAAUGAAAGAAUAAUUAAUAACUGAAGAAGAAUCAAAUAUUAGAGACUUAAUAAGAGGUGAUGAAGAUGAGCUGUGAUGAAGAUGAGAGGUGAUGAAGAUGAGAGGUAAAGAAGAUGAGCGUGAUGAAGGAGGAGAUGUGAGGAGGGAUGAGAGGUGAUGAAGGGUGAGAGGCUAGGAAGGAUGAGAGGUGAGGAAGAUGAGCUGGGAUGAAGAUGAGAGGUGAUGAAGAUGAGAGGUGAUGAAGCCUCACAGGGGUCGUGUCAGAUGUAAACUACGUGUCACUGUGUAUUUCACUGCACUGUUUUUCCUUCGGAUGGACCCAUUGGUCGAGAAGCUCACCCCACUGCCAUGAAAAAAGCACCUUUAUGUUGUUGGUGCAAAUAUUUCCUGCUUGAUCAAAAAAAAAAGAAAAAAGAAGUGCAUGCUUUGAUAUAUGAAGAUAAAAAACAAAUAUUGUGGUACUUUUUGAUCUCUUGUUAAACUUUCCUGUUUUGUUUUUUCGCCAUGUGAUGCAAAGCAGCAUUCAGGGGGGGGGGUGUAUUCUUCUCCUUCCAAAAGCAGCAACUUGGGGGAGUAGGAGGAGAGUUUAGGGGGAAGAGAGAGGAGCCUCUGGGAGAGUAAGAAAGAGAGAGGGGGGGUGAGGGGGUGUAAAACCGACCCUAACCCCCCCCCCCCCCCUUCUCAAGCACACACACACAGCAUCGCCAAGACGUGUUUCCAGUCUAAGUGGGGGUGAAGCACAAUUAGGUCUGCCCUCCCCUCCCUCUCUCCCCCCUCCAGUUUGAGUCUGUCCUGCAAUAACACUGACCUCACUUUUUUCCUUUGACGUUGUGAGGGGCUCAGGGAGUGAUAAUGGGGGGGAGGGGGGGGCAUAGCACCAUCAGCUACUGUCUGAUAUGAGAGACGUCGGUUCAGGCUUCCCUGAGCCACGAUGAGGCCUGUUAUUCCUUUCUUCUCUUUUGUUUUGCUCUGGUUCUCACUUUAUGUGUCACAUUUUCUUUAUCCAGAGAGAAAGCACUGAUUCAUAUAUAUAGAUCUAUAUAUUUAGAUCUAUAUAUAUAGAUCCAUAUAUAUACAUAGUUGAAUACAGUACACACUGUUGGAGGCGGAUGUUCGUUGCACAAACAAAUACAGAAUGGAGAUGUAAAUGUGUAAGAUACUCUGUUGCUGUUCUGAUGUUGUUCCAAUGUGACAUACAGUAUAUUUGUUGAGAAAAAAAAAGAUGGUUAUCACAGACACGUUGUACUUUGUGGAUGCAAAAAAAUGUUCAUGCUUUCCAUUCAAAUACAGAUGCUGUUUGUUAAUUGUCUUCAUAAUUAUGGGCCAAUACUGCUGUGACAGCUGUAGCCAACGUUGUAUGUUCUUAAAGCACAGGGUUUAGUUUGAAAAUUAUUGAAUAUAAUAAAGUAUAGUGUAACAGUGCAGAUAUGCAAAAGAUUGUAAUGUUUUAUAUUAACCUUCAUAAAAUAUUAAAGUGAGUUUUUACUUUUCUAAUAAAGUGGCACAGUAUAACGUG